AUGGAUUCUUCACAGCAAGUAAACUAUCGCACACACCUCCCAGGUGAUUUAGGCUACAUUGUCUACCAAGAAAGCCUAGUCUUUUGCCAGGAGCUCGGUUACAACCAAAAAUUCGAGGCUUUACUCGCCAGGAUCGCAGCGGACUUUCUCGAGAAUUUCGACCCCGCCAAGGAACGCUGCUGGAUCGCAGAAAAGGGAGGCGUGUUCAUGGGUUGCGUCAUGCUUAUCCAGCACCAGGAACGUGAGGAGGCUGCUAAAUUGCGGUUCCUACUCGUGAGCGACAAGGCACGAGGCCAGGGUGUUGGCUCAGAACUUGUCCGUCAGUGCGUCGACUUUGCGAGAGAAGCAGGCUACGAGUCCGUAUAUCUGGGGACGGAGAAGUCACUUGUUGCCGCUCGGAAUAUUUAUAGGAGGGCGGGGUUUGAGAUUGUAGAGACUGGGUCAAACAAUGAAUGGGGUUUUGAAACUGAGCUGGAAACAUGGAGACUUCAGCUUUGA